AUGGUCAUGUGCAUUGUGUACGUGUUUUUCGGGGCUCUCUGGCUCUUCUGGUGCGCCUGUUAUUGGAGGGAUCUGUUGCGGAUCCAGUUCUGGAUUGGCGCCGUCAUCAUCCUCGGCAUGCUGGAGAAAGCCGUGUUUUACUCUGAAUAUCAGAGCAUCCGUUACAAAGGAGACCACGUUCAAGGCGCUGUGAUUUUUGCUGAGCUGCUCUCUGCACUCAAAAGAUCUUUAGCCCGAAUCCUGGUCCUGAUUGUCAGUCUUGGUUACGGCAUCGUCAAGCCGCGGUUGGGCACCACGGUGCACCGUCUGGUCGCUGUCGGGCUUCUCUACCUGCUCUUCUCCUCUGUGGAAGGUGUGCUCAGAGUGACAGGUGGUUUCUACGGGACGGUUGCCCUGGUAGCUAAUCUCAGCCUCUCCCUUAUUGACUCCUGUGUCAUGUGGUGGAUUUUCAUCAGUCUGUCUCAAACCACUCGUCUCCUGAAGCUCCGCAGAAACGUGGUGAAACUCUCUCUGUAUCAGCACUUCACCAACACUCUCAUCUUCUCUGUUGUCGUGACGGCUGGGAUCGGCUCCAGCCCCUCCCGUGUCCUAUUAGAGGAUAAGCAGUUACGGCGAAUGAAUAAAUGA